GUCCUGUCCCCGUGCGCCGGAAGAAUAGUGGAGCACGCUCUGCCCAUUUUGAGCGGCUAACGGUCUGAGGGGACUGAAUCGGUGGAUAAUUCUCCGUGCUUGAGUUUUUAACAGAGAUAUUGUUUUCAAGAAUCAGCAGAUAAAGUAACCAAAACUACAUACAUCCAAAGAGAUGACUGAAAGAGUGAACAAUUUUCCCCCACUACCAAAGUUUAUUCGUAUGAAGCCUUGCUUCUAUCAAAACUUUGAAGAGGAAAUUCCACCACAGCACUGCCUUCUUGUCAGGAGAAUUUAUCACUUAUGGAUCCUUUACAGCGUGACCCUGGCAGUGAACUUGGUUGGUUGCUUGGCUUGGUUGAUAGCUGGAGAUAGUGCUAUCAAUUUUGGCCUGGCCAUACUCUGGCUCGUUCUUUUCAGCCCCAGUUCGUACGUCUGCUGGUUUCGUCCAGUUUAUAAGGCAUUUAGAUCUGAUAGUUCCUUUAACUUCAUGGCCUUCUUCUUCAUUUUUGCUGCUCAGAUUAUAUUCGUAACUUUGCAAGCGAUUGGCUUCAGAGGGUGGGGUGCCUGUGGAUGGAUGGUUGCCAUUUGGAUGUUCUCGUAUAAUGUUGGUGCUGGAGUGGUCAUGCUCUUUCCUGCAAUUAUGUUCACAGCAGUAGCAAUCCUGAGUGUCCUUGUAAUUCUCCGUGUGCACAAGAUCUACCGGGGUAGUGGUGGAAGCUUCCAGAAGGCCCAGGCGGAAUGGAAUGCAGGCACGUGGCAAAGUGCCCCAUCCAAUCAGUCAACAUUUCAAACAGUUACUGGUAGUACUUUGCCACAGUAUCCCACAGUGCCAAGGUACCCUGGUGAAAAUGACUGGUCCUAAAAAUGUGAACCUUCAUUUCAAAGUUUAUUUGCUAUUUUUAUGAUGUAAUUUCACAUUUUUGUUGCAAAUUAACAUUCCCCAUUGUAAAUGCCUUGUAUAAUACUACAUAUUGUAGAUGUUAAGGUAUUGCUGACUGGAACUUGUUGCACUGCAAAAGCGUCAAACUCAUGAACAUUAGAAUUGGAAAGUUACUACAUUUUUAUGCUUUUGGGCUGAGGUUUCUUGAUCAGUGCUAACUGCCAUUAUGUCAUACUUUAAAAGUGCAUUAGAUUGAAAUUAGUUCCAAAAUUAGUCUGGCUUUUAAAUGUUGAUUCUCUUACUUUAAUCUGAUCAUGUUUAGAGAUGAACUACUUUAUCAUUCUCAUCAGUAAAAUCUGGCCUAACAACAGGAUCUUGAUAUGUUCCACUAAAUCAGGGGCCCCCAACCUGUGGUUCUCGGACCCCUCGGUUAAUGGUAGGGGUCCAUGGCAUAAAAGAGGUUGGGAACCCCUGCGCUUUAUUUCUGUGCCUUUUCUGUAUUUAAUUUACCAAGGAACCAUGGUUAUCUUUGAGUCUCACUGUAACAUCUAUAAUUGCUGUAACUUGGCCCCUUCUAAAAUAACAUAGGAGAUUCAGCCACUGCAAUCCAGUGACUAACUUGGGUUCCUUUAAAAACUGACUAAUUAUCCUGCUGUUGUUGAUAUGAUUAUGCCUCUUAAUGUAUGAUGACUUGACCACAGGAAAGUGACCGGAUAUGUGUCACAAAGUAUCGUUACGCAGGGCACAAAGCCUGCAAGAUGUAUCCAUAUUGCACUGUAGCUGAAGUACAUUUAUUAGAAUGGAAUUAGUUGUUAAUAGUUCAGAACUAAUAAAGUUUGACUCAGAAUAAUACAAAGUUCAGAUUUGAUCAAUGUUAAAACUAAAUUGCCAUAAGGCAAUUACAUACUUUUGAUAUUCCAAAUAACUGCAUAAUUGGAAGAGAAUGUAAUUUUCCACAUGUAACUAUGAAAAUGCUUUAAAUUUCAAAUGACAAAUAGUCUUACUAAUUUUCAGAAAAUAGUUAGAAUUUUGUGAACACUUCCAUUUUAUUUCAGUCCUAUCUCUCAUUGACCUUGAAAUAAGUGCAGUUUUUUUUUCAGGGUAUCUAUUAGACACUUAACAGCAAGCUGUAAGGGCAAAUUGUCUUCAUGAUGUUGACAGCAGUGAAUACAGCUGAAUGGAUGCUUUUAACAGAGGAAGAUUGUCUGUACUAAUUAAUCCUUUCUAUGAUGAUAUAUAGAGGUGGGGAUAGGAAACAUAGACUAACAUGAAUAACACGCACAAAAUGCAGGAGAAACUCAGCAGGACAGGCAGCCUCUGGAAAUGAAUAACUAAUAUGAAAGCAGCAUUGCAUCCAUGCUGUAUUACAUUUUUAUGAUACUUCUUUCUGACAUUGCAAAGGAAUGGAUGAUAUAGUACAUUUUGCAUUCCUUGUAGGUAGAAAACAAUUAGGAUUCUGACAAAAUGCUCAGCAGCAACCCUGUGUGUGUUUUGGAUGUGCCUAUUUUCCUAAGUGCACUUACCAGUACUGUCAUUAUGUUAUAGCUGCCAAAGUCUAAUGGAUGGAAGUGCCUUAUAAUGGUGUUUCUAACUGAAAUUGUGCUGUCGAAUGAAUACAAUUUAACACUGGAAACGGUGUAGUGGUCAGAAAAUGGCUGCUAUUAAACAAUUUCAUGGUAAAGCUUCACAGUACAAAAUAACAAAAUUUCUUUCUAUUAAUCAUGAGGUUGCUAACAUUCUAAUGUCAGUGAAUCAUUUGGAAAAUUACGGCAGUACUUACUUGCCUUUGGAUAGUUUUCCAAAAUUUUCUUUUGUGAAGGGAUAAGGUUUAAAACUGAAAUAUUUACAUUAUAUCAUGUGAUAAAUUUUCAAGGUAUUAGAUAUAUAUACUUAGUGAACAGAAAUGUAUUUUUACUCCUUUGAUACAUUAGUGUAAAUUUGAAGAGAUGGUUAUGAGCUUUAUACUUAGUAACGCAUUUGAACAGAACUUGAGGUAUUUUGACAGAUUUUUGAACAGAUUUUGAAGCGGAAUUUGAGCUAAAUAUAUGAUAUGAAUAUUGUAAGUGUUAUACACCUAGGAUGCAUUCCCGCCACUGCGAGAAUGGGAACUCUUCAUUCCCGCCAUGAGCAGUUUGUAUAUCCUCCCCAUGACCACGUGUGUUUCAUCCCACAGUCCAAAGGCGUACUGGUUAGUAGGUUAUUUGGUCAUUGUAAAUUGUCCUUGAUUAGAUUAGGAUUCAAUAUGAGGAUUGUUGGACUGCGUAGCUGGAAGGGCCGACUCCGCCCCAUAUCCUAUUAAAUUGAGAAUUCAGUAACCAGCAUUUAGAAGCUUAAGUUAUACUAAUUUCCUUUUUAGAUGUUAGUUACUGUAAAUUAAUUACAAGAUCCUUUUUAUGUUAAUGAUUUUGCUCGGAUGUUUGAUAGAACCAAUGUGGAAAUAAAAUGAAGUAUAGUUUGCUAAUUGCUGUAUGAGCUUUGUGCUAUAACGAGAAUUGGCUAUACAAUGUCUGCAUAAGUUCAUAAGACAGAGGAGCAGAAUUAGGCCAUUUCAUUUUGCUUGGUCUGGCCAUUCAAAGCUGCUUUCCAGAGUUGUCCCAUUAUUUUGUGUUCAAUCUUAUAAGCAGAGAUGCUCAGCAGUUUGGAGAUGACAGGUGAGGGGGUAAGGACUUGAGAAAAGGCCUGUGAAUUUUUAAUAAUUCCACAGAGAAGGGAUGUAAUUAAAAAUAGUCCACAUUCCAAGCUGCUUUGGGACAGAUUUUAAAUCUGAAAACAGAACUAUUUUAUGGAGAAUUCAGGACUUUUUUUGAAGAUAGAGAUUUUUCUGGAGGAUGUAGUUUAAUUUAGGAUAAGCUGUAGGAACACAAACCUAAGUAACAUUUUGUAUUGGUGUGAUUUUCAACUAUAUAUAAUGAAAGUUAAUGCAAACACGAGGAACUCUGCAGAUGCUGGAAUUUCAAGCAACACACACAAAAAAUGCUGGUGAACGCAGCAGGCCAGGCAGCAUCUAU